GUUCACAUCCUGGAGAUGUACGAAGGCUGGUACCGAGGAUACACACUCCGCAAUAAAUCCAAGAAGGGCAUUUUCCCAGAAACUUACAUCCAUUUGAAAGAGGCCAUCGUGAAGGACCGGGGGCAGCACGAGACGGUGAUUCCCAGUGAGCUGCCCCUCGGCCAGGAGCUGACGGCCACGCUGCGGGAGUGGGCAGUGAUCUGGCACAGGCUGUACGUGAACAACAAAACCACACAGUUCAGGCAUGUCCAGCAGCUCACCUACAGCCUGAUAGAGUGGAGAUCCCAGAUCCUCUCCGGGACGCUGCCCAAGGAUGAACUGGCUGAGCUCAAGAAAAAAGUCACUGCCAAGAUUGACUAUGGCAACAGGAUCCUGGGUCUGGACCUGGUUGUCCGAGAUGACAAUGGGAACAUCCUGGACCCAGAUGAGACCAGCACAAUCUCCCUCUUCAAGGCCCAUGAAACUGCAUCCAAGAGGAUUGAUGAGAGGAUCCAGGAGGAGAAGUCCCUGCAGCAGAGUUUGGACCUCCGGGGACAGCCAAUAUUCAACUCCACACACACUUACAGCCUCUAUGUGAACUUCAAGAACUUUGUCUGCAACAUUGGGGAAGAUGCAGAGCUGCUGAUGAGCCUCUAUGACCCUGACCUCUCCAAAUUCAUCAGUGAAAAUUACCUGGUUCGUUGGGGCAGCAAUGGGAUGCCUAAAGAAAUUGAGAAACUGAACAACCUCCAAGCAGUGUUUACUGACUUGAGCAGCUCAGACCUGAUCAGGCCCAGGAUCAGCCUGGUGUGCCAGAUCGUGCGUGUGGGGCACAUGGAGCUGAAGGAUGGCAAGAAGCACACCUGCGGGCUGCGCAGGCCCUUCGGCGUGGCAGUGAUGGACAUCACUGACAUCAUCCAUGGCAAGGUGGACGACGAGGAGAAGCAGCAUUUUAUCCCCUUCCAGCAGAUUGCCAUGGAAACCUACAUCAGGCAGCGGCAGCUGAUCAUGUCCCCCCUGCUCACCUCGCACGUCAUCGGCGAGAACGAGCCCCUCACCUCCGUCUUCAACAAAGUCAUCGCUGCCAAGGAGGUCAACCACAAGGGCCAAGGUCUCUGGGUCUCCCUGAAGUUGCUCCCUGGGGAUCUGGCUCAGGUUCAGAAGGAUUUUUCCCACCUUGUAGACAGAUCCACUGCAGUGGCUCGAAAAAUGGGGUUCCCUGAGAUCAUCCUUCCUGGUGAUGUCAGGAAUGACAUCUACGUCACCCUGAUCCAGGGGGAGUUUGACAAAGGCAAGAAGAAAACCCCCAAGAACGUCGAGGUCACCAUGUCUGUGCAUGAUGAGGAUGGGAACCUGCAGGAGAAAGCCAUCCACCCUGGGGCUGGCUACGAGGGAGUGUCAGAGUACAAGUCUGUGGUUUAUUACCAGGUCAAGCAGCCCUGCUGGUACGAGACUGUCAAGGUGGCCAUUGCCAUAGAAGAAGUCAGUCGCUGCCACCUGAGGUUCACGUUCCGUCACCGCUCGUCCCAGGAGUCCAGGGAUAGAUCUGAGAGGGCUUUUGGCAUGGCCUUUGUGAAGCUGAUGAAUGCAGAUGGAACAACACUGCAGGAUGGCAAACACAAUUUGAUUAUUUACAAGGGUGACAACAAGAAAAUGGAAGAUGCCAAGAGUUAUUUGACUCUUCCUUGCACCAAAACAGAGAUGGAGGAGAAGGAGGCUCCCUCAGGGAAAAACCUGCACUCUCUGGCCAACUUCACCCCCACAAAGGACAGCACAAAGGACAGCUUCCAGAUUGCCACUGUCAUCUGCUCCACCAAACUCACCCAGAAUGUUGACCUGCUGGGUUUGCUGAACUGGCGCUCCAACGCCCACAACAUCGCCCACAACCUCAGGAAGCUCAUGGAGGUGGAAGGAGGAGAAAUUGUGAAGUUUUUGCCAGACACCCUCGAUGCACUUUUCAACAUCAUGAUGGAAAUGUCAGAAAAUGAAACCUAUGAUUUCCUGGUGUUUGAUGCCCUGGUAUUUAUUAUUUCUUUGAUUGGAGACAUCAAGUUCCAGCAUUUCAACGCUGUGCUCGAGACUUACAUCUACAAACACUUCAGUGCCACCCUCGCCUAUGUGAAACUCACCAAAGUGCUGAACUGCUACGUGGGGAAUGCUGAGGAUUCCAGCAAGACAGAGCUGCUCUUUGCAGCCCUGAAAGCCCUGAAAUACCUGUUCAGGUUCAUCGUGCAGUCCCGGGUGCUGUACCUGAGUGUGUAUGGAAAGAGUGAGGAUGGGAAUGAAUUCAACGAUGCAAUUCGCCAGCUCUUCCUCUCCUUCAACAUCCUCAUGGACCGGCCCCUGGAGGAGGCUGUCAAGAUCAAGGGGGCAGCUUUAAAAUAUUUGCCAAGCAUCAUAAAUGAUGUCAAACUGGUAUUUGACCCCGUUGAGCUCAGUGUCCUCUUCAGCAAGUUCAUCCAGAGCAUCCCUGACAACCAGCUGGUCCGGCAGAAGCUGAACUGCCUGACCAAGAUCGUGGAGAGUGACCUGUUCAAGCAGGCUGAGUGCAGAGAUGCCCUCCUGCCCCUGCUCAUCGAUCAGCUGAGUGGGCAGCUGGAUGACAACUCCAGCAAGCCCGACCACGAGGCCAGCUCCCAGCUCCUGAGCAGUGUCCUGGAGGUCCUGGACCGCAAAGAUGUGGGUGCCACUGCUCUGCACAUCCAGCAGAUGAUGGAGCGGCUGCUGCGCCGGAUCAACCGCACGGUGAUCGGGAUGAGCCGCCAGAGCCCGCACAUCGGUAUUUUCGUGGCCUGCAUGACAGCCAUCCUGAGGCAGAUGGAUGAUUUCCAUUACAGCCAUUACAUCAACACUUUCAAAACCAGGCAGGACAUCAUUGAUUUCCUGAUGGAAACGUUCAUCAUGUUCAAGGACCUGAUUGGGAAGAACGUGUAUGCAGCUGACUGGAUGGUCAUGAACAUGAUGCAGAGCAG